AUGGGUAACUGCAUAAGAAGACAAAAAGAUAGUGAAGAUUGUGAAGAUGAUGGCCAUAUCAAUGGAGCAAAAAAUAGAUCAAUAGGUUCUUUCGUCAGUGUAUUGAGAACUAUGUGGUCUAAACGUGGUUGUCGUUCUCAACAACAUUCACCACAAUCUAUCACAAAAUCUGCAAGCGGUACGCAAUUUCCAAGUCUAUUUAGAUAUAUUGAUGGCAGGAGAUAUCACAAUGAUGAGAAUUUGAAAUAUCCAUUACCGAAUGAUGAUGAGGAGAUAAAUCGGUUGCAAUCUCAACACUAUUUAUUUAGACAUGCUUGGGGUAAAAAUUACUCUUCACCUGUUGAAGAAAUUCUUAGAGCUGGCGGUGCGCGCGUGUUGGAUGUCGGAUGUGGUCCAGCGACUUGGAUACUUGAAAUGGCGAGUGAAUACACGACGUCUUCGUUUACUGGGAUCGAUAUUUCACCUGUUUUUCCAUCGAACAUCAAACCACGAAAUGUUCAAUUUAAUCAGAUGAACGUAUUGGAUGGCCUUCCGUUCGAAGACAAUACUUUUGACUUUGUAUACCAACGAUUCAUGGGAUUAGCGUUGACCGAAGAGCAAUGGCCGAUUUUACUUUUAGAACUUGUCAGAGUGACAAAACCUGGUGGCUGGAUUGAAUUUAUGGAAUGUGAUUUGCAAUUUGAUAACGAAGGACCUAUUUCAUCGCGCGUUAAUAAAGCAGCACAAAUGUAUCUAAAAUCACAAGGAAUAAAUGCAUUAAUAUGUCCUCACGUGCCUCACUUAAUGGCAAAUUUGACUGAUAUGGAGAAAAAACAGAUAUCUACGCCAUUGGGACAAUGGGGUGGUCUAAUUGGAGAACUGGCAAGAGACAACAUAAUCGGUUUGAGUCGAUCAUUGAAACCGGUUUUAUUUCCAGUUCUCAAAGAAAUGCUUGGUGAUAUCGAUCUAGAUUAUGAAUCGAUCGUGAAAGAAAUAGUAGAUAAUGAAGUUAACCAAUAUAUGUCUAGUAUAAAGUCUGUUAGAUUUUAUGGAAAAAAAAAAAUUACUGAUAAUAUCAAUGAUAAUAUCAUCAAUGAUUGA